AUGGCUCCUCCCAGCAACACCGCUGCCAAUCACCACAGCACAUUAAGUAGCGGUCAAAAGAAACGACUGAAAACCUACAUGAAGCGCUGUCGUGCCCACAGUUCUCAUACCCAGAUGAACCUUGAAUCUUAUCUUCUCAUGCCUGUCCAACGUCUUCCGCGUUACAAGUUACUCUUUGAGAAUUUGGUCUCAUGCACCCCUGAUGUGUGUUGUGUGUCAGCCCGGGAACUCGAAGCGAGGAACCAGAGCGGAGUGCUCACCGACAAGAAACUUCCACCUCUUACCCCUAACAAGGUCGCAGUAGAAGCUUUGAACAUUGUCAGUGCAGUGACGGCUGAGAUGAACAAAUGGAAACGAGAUUCAGAGGGCCGACAAAGUUGGUGA